AUGGCGACAUCAGAACAGAUCGAUUUGGCUAUUGCCACUUACGAGGAGUUGAUGGACUUGGACAAGGACUUCGAGGAUGUUGAAACAGAAAUAAUUCGCCAACAGGUUGCUCUUACCAAGUCUCUGUAUGAGAAGAGAGAAGCGCUGGUUAAGAAUAUUCCCAACUUUUGGGCGCUGGUUUUUGAGCAGGCACCUCCUGAUCUAGACCAAUACAUUCAACCUAGCGACUCUGCUGUUCUCUUAUCCGCGCUGACUUCGGUCUCGGUCUCUCACUUCGAGAUCGAAAAUGGCGGCAAUGGAGAUCCCCGCAGCGUUUCCAUCAAGAUGGAGUUUGGUGAGAACGAAUGGUUCGAAGACAAGGUCCUCGAGAAGAAGUUCUACUACCGUGUUGGUAAGGAGGGUGAUGAGGGCCUCGUCAGCGACCCAGUCCCCAUCAAGUGGAAGUCAUCGGACAAGGAUCUCACCCAGGGAAUGCUUGACCUCGUCGUGAAGGUCUGGGAAAAUGACAAGAAGAACCCCGUUACCGACAGCACUAAGUUAAAGAAGGAGAAGGACUACACUCCCGACGAGAAGGCCUUGAAGGAGAAGAUCGAAGCUACCGGCCUAGGUGCCGUUUCUUUCUUCGGCUUUUUCGGAUACCGAGGUCUGAACAUCUCUGCUGAAGAGAGCCGCCUCGCUAUCGAGGAAGAGAAGAAGAGAAAGGCCGAAAGGGCCGCGGGAAAGAUCCCUGAACUCAAGGCGGCCGAGGAGGAAGAAGAUGAUGAUGAGGAUGACGAGGAGGAGGACCCCUUGUCCCUCGAAAUCUUCCCGGAUGGCGAAGAAGUGGCGCUUGCCAUCAGUGACGACCUUUGGGUUAACGCUAUCAAGUACUUUAGCCAAGCCCAGGAGGCUGAUAUUAGCGAAGUCGACUUCGAGGACGAUGACGAGGACGAGGAGAUGGCAGAUGACGAUGAGAAACCCAAAGCUAACGGUGCCCAACCCCCAUCUAAGAAGCGGAAAGCUUGA